AUGACGUCUGCAUGCUCGACCUCCCUCGAUUUCUCUUCAUCAACAACUUCAACUCCUCCACAUUCCCACCCCUACUACGCCACCACGAACCACAACCACAACAACAACAUCGCCACGCACAUCGACUAUUCGCAGCUCGACGCCACCGCAUACAACGACGCAUUGGCCUAUUUACAGCACUCGGCCGCGCCAUCAGUAAACAAUCCCCCGAGCGCGCCCAACAACGCAAUCCAUCACCCGACGCCCGUACCAGCGACCCAGCGCCACAAACUCGUCGGCCUUAGGCACGACUCUGCCAUAACCUCCGCCGGCGUGGACACACACGACUGGCAGACGCCCAUGUUCCAGUCGCAGGCCUAUAACAGUGUGGGAGGACCUGUCGUUGGCCACACCCGGGGAGUCAAGAGAGCGCGUGUUCACCAGCGCACACCAUCGGCCUCGACGGUUGCAUCCACCGGCCCGGCGUCACCGUACAUGCAAAACGGGUCAUACCCUCUCAUCGCCAACACGGAUCACGCUCCAAAUUCGCCCGCCUUCUACGCUGACCAAGCCGCGUACCUGCCGAAGAAUCUUCCAACACCCUCGCAAACGCCUACCGAUAGCGGCUUUGCGAAUAUCGCGCACAUGCCAAGCCAGGCUGCGCACAUGCCCAACGCUCAUCUGGCUAUGAAAGACUUUGGUAUCGGCCAUCACACCUCAGAAGACUACCUCUCAGACUUUGUGCCUUCAAGACAGUCCAUGUCGAGCUACGGCAACGACUCGCCUGCCACGCCGCAAUCUGGCGCUGGCGACGUCGACGCAAAGCAGUACAGCAUACCUCCGAAUGACUACCGACAAACCAACCCAAACGUUCAGCUCUUCCGAACAGAAUCGCAAGCCUUCCAAGACGAACUCUACAACCCGAACUUCGUCCACACGUCUGCGCCAUCGAAACCAGCCAACUCCUACCUCUCGCCACACCGAAAUCUAGUCACGGAACGACUACAGACUGCAAACUUGGCGCGAUCUGCAUCGCCUGCUUCUGCAAUGUCAAGAGAACGCUCUCCCUUCAGAGAUGGGUCGCCACUCGCACCGGCGAGGGACUGGCGGCCACAGGCUGGUCCAGCAGUGACUGCGGCUGGAAUGCGACAACAGCAAAAGGACGAGGUAGUUGAAGCAGAAUAUGCGCAACACCGUGCGACUCUGCGAAGAGAGCCUACCAAGACCAUCUCUCCAAAGGAUGCAGUGUUGGACUAUCACGAGGGCGACCAGCCACCGCUCUUUCAGGAUAGCAUACCCGCAGGCUACGAGAAGCACAUGGGUGGGACAGAGCAGUGGCCAACAAACAACUAUUUCAGCCAGCCAAGCAACGGAUUUGGAGACAUGUCAACCACUGGUCAGCAGAGCAUGAGUUUCAGGAACGCCACCGCUGACGGCUAUUCCGGUGCUGGAUUUGACUUUAACACAUUGCCACAGGGGACGGACCAAAUACAAAACGUACCCUUCCAGGCAAACUACCAGGCUGCUGUCCAGGCCAAGAUGAACAACUUCUCCGAGCCAACACCCAACUUCAACCCACCCAGCAUGCCUUCCAUGGAGACCUCCAUCAGCGAUGCCGGGUUCCCUCAGUCAUCGCAAGACAGUGGCGCAAACAUUACGCCUCAGCGACCUGAUGACACUCGUGCGAAUACGGGAACCUAUACUUGCACCUACCAUGGCUGCACGCAACGCUUCGGAAGCCACAACGACCUGCAAAGGCACAAGCGCGACUACCAUCGCACACAGCAGCCGGUCAGAGACGGUGCGUCAACAUCAGGCACGGCGUCCACGUCACCUCGCUCGACCGAGUCACCGGAACGAACUGGAGGUAUGACCUCCGCCGCUAUCCUGGCGCGGAACUCUCAGGCCGGGCCUCACAAGUGCACGCGCAUCAACCCAUCGACGAAUAAGCCGUGCAACACCAUCUUCUCGCGCCCUUACGAUCUGACGAGACACGAGGACACCAUCCACAACAACCGCAAGCAAAAAGUGCGAUGUCCCAUGUGUCGCGAGGAGAAGACGUUCUCACGUAACGAUGCGCUUACGAGGCAUAUGCGCGUGGUGCAUCCUGAAGUCGAAACUUUUGGCAAACGCGGAAGGCGAAGCGACUAA